CGAAAACUUUGAAAGCAGCAUUUCGUGAUUCCGCCCCACCAGGAAGACGCAGAGAACAAGAACUAACCAUAGGAACAGGGGUGAGGAGGCCAAGAGAGAAGGGUUUUUUUUCCUUUUCGACAACAGCUAACUGCGUCUGUUUACCACAAUGGACAGUCGAGAGGUGGGAGAUUUACUGGACGAGUGCCUCGGGGCAGCAAAAGCAGCAGGUCGCCAGUCCACCGGGGUGUCUGAGGCAGAGCGGCUGAACUACUGCAGCUGCAGAGACUCGCUGUGUGCCGAACUGGCCUCCCUCCUGCAGGAAGCCAUGGACAUGAAAUGGCCUUUUGCACCAGAGAAGUGGCAGUAUAAGCAGUCUGUCAGCGCCACUGACAAAACCAACCUCAAUGACCUCAUCAGCAAGCACUUGUCUCAACUACUGGAUCUCCUGAAGGCCUCCACCAGGGCUGAGGAGGCACAUUGUGCACUUGCAGUUGUCUUCUUAGUGGACCGCUACCUCUACUGGACUGAUGAUUCAAGCCGUCUGCUGAAGAUUGCCAAGCUUCUCCACAGACGCUACCCCGAGACCCCCAUAGCCCCCCAGCUGGUCAUACGGCAGGCCAGGCUCUAUUUUAACUCGGGAAAACUGCAGAAGGCAGAGUACAUCCUGAGCAGCCUGAUUAACAACAGCGGGACGACAGGUCGUUGGAUAUACCACUCUGAAAGUGACCGGGUGCUCGUGCAGGCUGUGAGUGUUCAAGUGCGUGGCACGAUUUUGCAAAAGCUGGGCCUGUGGUUAGAGGCUGCAGAGCUAAUAUGGGCUUCCUUGGUUGGGUACUACUCACUUCCUCAACCUGACAAAAAGGGUAUUGGAACUUCCCUUGGUAUACUGGCUAAUAUAUUGGUAUCUAUGAACAAUGAGGACUUCCAUGCCUUUAGGACUAAUCCAGAUAUUGAUUUUACGUUACUUGGGGAUGGAAAUCAUCGUCUUCUCUCAGCAGCCCAAGCAGCUAAGAUGGCAGUGGUAUACAGUCAGUAUACUUCACUGUAUGUUUUGACCAAUGUGACAACCCAAGGUACCUGCUUGCUAUCAUACAGUUUCUCUGUGGAGUGCCCAGAUUCUCAAAGACAGUCAUUUCUCCAGCAGGCUCAAGAAGCAUUUACAAUUGGCCUUCUAACCAGAGCAGAGGGUGAUCUGGUAACCAGCAAGCAGGAGCUUCAUACCUUUCUCAAGGCUGCCUAUUCCCUCACUGUCACUCACAAGUGGCUUGGAACUCCUUUGGAGGUUGUAGCACAGGCAGUUCAAGCUUGUCAAAAUGCUUUAUCUAGUUUUUACAGUUACUGCCACGCAGGUACCCAAGACAAAGACAGCCUGUGCACUGAGAUCAUGCACCUGGUCACCCAAGUCAAGCUGCUGCUCCGAGUGGAGCCUUUCCUUAAUUCAGACAAGGGGUCUUUUAUCCCUGAUAGCUACAGAAAUGUCAAAGACACCUCUGUAAAUUUUACUCUUGCAGGUUUCGCUAAGAUAAUGAGGAGGUUCCAAAAGUAUCACAAGUCACUGUGUGAGACCACUAACACACACUGUAGGGAUGCUAAAGAUGAGCUAGAGAUGGACAGAGGAAGGCCGUGUAUAACAGCUCUUUGGACAACCACUGGCACACUCAACACAGAGGCUCAGGGAGGCUCACAUUCAUCCAGCGUGCAUAUGCCUCAAAAGCCUGAAAGCACAGAUAUCCUUGACUCAUCAUGGCAGGAAGUGUCCUUAAAAAGUUCAGGCUCUCCUCAGCCCAGCAGCAGUUAUACAGGAAGCAGUGCUAUUGGACAUAGAGAGGGAGCGACCAAUCAGAGCUGUCUACCCACAGAAGUUGAUGAAGAAAGGUCAGACGACAAGUCAUGGUCUCCUGAUGAAAACAAGAAGCGAAACUUACAGGGUUGUAACUCUGGUGUCAAUUCUGCACCACCUGCCACUUCCUCCUCCAACAUAAGCAGGGAUUCAGAAAACCUUGAGAUGAUAAAAGCUGAAAUAGAAACGCUGACCUCUGAAGAGGACGUGGUGUCUGAUGCUCGUGAGGCAGUAGCUGAAGGAGUAGUGCAGUCCUUAUCCCAGCUAUCUAUAACAUCCUCUUGCUCCCUUGGGGACAGUUUCGGUUCCCAGUCAUCAUGGGAAAAACUUUCAGCUGAUCUGAAUUCUUCCACAUACAGGAACCCACAACCAAGUAGUAUUUCCAAAGCAGGAACUUGCCAAAACAGUGAUUCACCAGAUUCAGAUGGGAGCUUCUUCAUUUGUGAAACGGUCGAUUUUGAAACAAAUGAUUCCCCUUCUGAUCACAUGAGCAAAAACCAGAAAAUACGUGCUUUAUCAAAACCACAACCGAUCAAAAGCCCUAAAGUUUACCAAAAUGUGGAAACUGAAGUACAACCUGCAACAAACAGCACUAUAGCAAUGCAAAAUAAUCCAUCUCAAGCUGUCACAGAACUGUUACCUGUCACUGAAACCUCUACAAAGAGUUCAUUUGAAGUCCUGGAGGUGAACCAGAGUUGUUGUCAACAAACUGCAGUGCAGAAUGUGCCCCAGAAGAAGAACUCCAUGUGCUACAGCUGCCUAGACCCAAGCACUGUAGCUGAUGCUGUCCCUAUGAAACCAUUCUUGUUGUCACAACGGGAUUACCAAGCCCUUCUGGCUGGCAUUUGCAAUGAUUGUCUGCUGAAGAGGUUGCACAAUGAUGAGAAAAAAUUCAAGUUGGAGCAGUACAAAAGUGCCCACAGUGCUCUCCAUUUAAAGUUCUCCAAGGCCACUGGACUGUGGACAGGAUUGGAAACUUGUGUUUAUAUUGGCGACUCAAUGGGGGAGAAGGGCGCGCAGAGAACAACAAUAUGGGUGCAGUUUUUACACCAGGAGGAGCGGCUAAGCAAUUAUGUGGGGAAAGAUUACUUGAAGCCAAAGCAGAUCCAGUUUCCCCUGAAAGAUGUGGAGCGACAGAUGACAGCCCAGUACUAUGUGACUGAAUUCAACAAAAGUCUCUACGACAAAGAAGUUAUGGCUCAGAUCUUCUUUAUUCCGUCAGAAGCACUGUUGAUUCUGGAUGGAGAUGAGAUUGUGGGCUGUGUAACCGUGGAGCCCUACAUGCUUGGAGACUUUGUCAAACUGACCAACAACACUGAAAAGAAGAAGAUGUUCCUUGCUACAGAAUAUGGCCUCGCAUUUGGACACUUCACCUACCUGUUCUCUGGUGGCCAGGAAGUCGUUGUAGAUUUACAAGGAUGGGUGACAGCCAACGGCAAAGGACUGACCUACCUCACUGACCCACAGAUUCACUCCACCAGGAUCCCUAAGGGUCCUUCUAACUUUGCUGCCAGAGGGCUCAGUUUGUUCCUGAAAUAUCAACAUGGACCUGAGUGCAAUCAGAUUUGCCACCUCCUCAAACUACCUCCACUGGACCCAAACUCAAACGUUUCUCCUCAAAAACUUUGAGACGUUGGACACUAUUUAUUGCUAUCCACAAAAAAUUAAAAAUUAAUUAAGGGGCUUGUUUUGGCAAUUUUAUGGAACUGACUUUCAUACUGUUUUCCUUUUUUUAAAAUGUACCGAUAAAUGCAUUUUGCACACACCAGUCGUAAUCUUCAGAAAUAAGGAUUUAAACACUGUUGUGCAGUUGUCGUUUGUUUUAAUCGUUCAUAUUGCUAUUAACUUUUCUUGGAAUACUAGAAGUGUAACAAAUUUACAAAGAGCUUUUAGGUGCUACAUUUAGUUACAAGAGAUAAGAGAUCAUUCUUUUAUAAGAGAAUGAUCUGUAAAGAUAAAUGCAACAAAAUUAUUUAUGUUGUUUCAUUACUGUCAGCAGAUUAUCAAACAGUUAACAUCUUAGGCUCUUUUUGUCAGGUGGUCAAAAAUCUCACACCUGACAGGAUUUUUUGUUAUUGUACCUUUUUUUUUAUUGGAAGUCACAAAAAACAUGUGACUGCAGUCACAAGGAAACAUGAAUCGAUAAGAGAAAAAAUAUUUUUGAAAAGAUGUUAUCCAUCACUGUCUCCUCUCUAUGAGUGGAUUGCUGCCUAACUGGAAAGGGAGUUUCCAGUGAAUCACCUGAUGCUGUUUGAAGUCGUUUUGAAUGCUAUUAUGGAAGAUUUUAAGUAGUCUGUCCUUUUAGUGGGAUAUAAAAACAUGUCAUGUUAGCUGUUAAGCUUAUUUGCAAAAGUGGUUAGCACUGUCGGCUCAUAGCAAGAAGAGUCCUGGGUUCGGAUCCAGUCUGGGGCCUUUAUGUGUGGCACUGUCCCCCAAUCCACUCCUUUUGGACUGAAAAAUGAUCCAAUAUCCCGAGCUGUAAAAUCCCGCUAUCGCUGUGCUUGCUCGGUAAUGUUGCACAACUUGUCUCA